AUGACUGGAAGGGGCUCAAAGGCUUCCAUUGCUAGCACUGUGUCAUCAGCACGACUGAAGGCGAUGCAGGAAAAAGCAGCCUUGGAGGUGAGAAGGAAGACACUCAAGAAGAAACAGGCUACCGAAAUGGCAAGAUUGAAGCUGAAGCUGGAAGAAGAGGAGCUGAAUUUGACUACAGAACUGGACACUGUUGAAGCAAAAGAAAGAGCUUUGGACAGUUUUGAGUUCCAAUCUAAUGCAGGUGAGAGUGACAAGCACUGUGGCAACAACAGAAGUGAAACUGCCACUUCAGGUGAUAACAUCCUUCUCUCUGUUGUUCGGCAACUGAAAAGACCCAUCCCAGAGAUCAAGCGGUUUAGUGGGGAUCCAGCUGACUACCGAAAGUUUAUCCGGCAGUUCAAUACGAAAGUGGCAGUACACACCGAAAAUGAUGACGAGCGACUGAGCAACUUAGAGCAAUUCACUACAGGAGAAGCGAACAGAAUUGUCUCAGGUUUCAGCCACCUUCCCUUUGAGCAAGGAUAUCCAGCAGCUCUGAAGGAGUUGGAGUCAAGAAAUGGAGAUAUGCAUCUCAUGGCCCACUCCUUCAUUAAGAAAGCACUCGAUUGGCCAUGUGUUCGUCCAGACAACCAAAGCACUUGA